CAGUUGAUUGGACUAGUCGCGAGAAUUGCAUACCUUUCCAGCGAUGUGGUCAUCUCAGUCCAGCCGUCGCUCGCCUCUGAUUCCGAGUUCUCGAGCCACUUGAAGCAGCUCGCCAAACAAAAGGAACAAAGCUUGGUCGCGAAGACCUCGGACGCUGUUCCAGAAAUCCAAUCAGUCAGACACAACAACGACCCAUUACUCUCCGUCUUCACUCCCAUCCGCUCCGGCCAGCUGGUUUCCGUCACCACCACAUCUUCCAUUCUCCUGCCCUCGGUAGCACAUCUCUACAAGCUUGCCAACCUCCCGGUCGUCAUCCAUGUUGCGCUUGGUCCCAAGAGCUUCCCAGACUACUCGGCCAUCACCUCCAUCAGAAAUUCGGGAUGGACCUUCCUCCAGUCCUGGUCCCUCCAGGAGGCUCAAGACAUUGCGCUGACUGCUCAUGCCUUGGCCAUUCGCUCGGGCAAGGGUGUCAUCCACUUCUUCGACCCCAGCUCCGGUGCUGUUGCCGAGUCCAUUGAGGGCGCGAGCGCCGACGUUGUCCGCGCUGUCCUCAACCUCGACAAUGUGCGGAGGUUCCAGUCUGCGCCGAUCUCGGGGUCAGGGAUCUACGCGGAUGAUGGGCGGGUCGCCGUGGUUUCUGAGCAGCCGGAACCCCUGGCUCUCUCUGGUGGAGUCACCGCCAACCAAGCAGGAGAGGGUGAAGCAGAAACCCCUCUUCUUACCUCACAGUCGUCAGUCAAGUCCAGUCAACAGAGUGAGACCAGCACGCCACCAAGUGUAUCCACUGCAACUACCAUCGAGCCCGCAGCUCCCCUUGUGUCGUCCGAGGAUAUCUACAAGUACGUCACCGGCAUCUGGGCUCAGCUCAACCAGCUUGUCGGCAGGCAAUACAACGCCUUCGAGUGGACGGGGUCACAAUCGGCCGAAAACACCAUCUUCCUCUUUGGCUCAGAUGUUGCCUUGUUCUCUGACGCUAUUGCCAAGGCACAGUCUGGUGACUCCUUUGCCAACGCUGGCAUCGUUGCUCCUAGACUUUACCGCCCGUGGCUGGGCGCCAAGUUGAUCGAUGCCCUUCCCAAAUCUGUCAAGAGGGUGGCAGUCCUUGAGCAGGUGUCGAGAAAGACCACAAAGUGGGGCCCCGUUCUCAUCGAUGUCUUGACUUCUGUCAAGAGUGCUGUUGGUGGUGUCGAGACUAUUGUUGGGUACCAAAUUGGCUACAUCACCAAGGAAAGUGUCAAGCAAGCUUUGUCCGGUGUUUUCCAGAACUUGACUCUAGAAAAGCCUGUACAGAACUUGGAGGUUGGUGAGCGCGAGAUUCCUCAGGAGACCUCCGAGUACGACCUUUCGAAGCCCAAGCUUGAGGUUUCUUAUACCAAGAUCCUCGAUCAGUUGUUUGGAAGCAGAGCCUUUGUCGCCAACUCCCUCGAUUCCGACAAUGCCGGCGUCUCACGGACCAUCUCGGCCACUCCCGAGUAUGGUUUCGGCUCUCUCCUCGCCAGAAAGGAGCGCAGACAAAAGUUUGUUGCCGAGGUCAAGGAGGCCGCCAGCAAUGGCCGUUUCCUGACUGAAGUUCCCAAGAGAGCCUUGGCCAAGUGGGUAGCUAGCGCUGACGAUGCGAAGAAGUCUGAGGAGGCUGCCGAGGAGGUUGUUUCCAAGCUUACACUCGACAACUCGACGCCAUCAAAGGCCCUGCUCCAGCACAAGGCAUUCUUUCGCAAGCAGUCUCUUUGGCUUGUUGGGUCCGACGCCUGGGCUUAUGACCUUGGCAACUCUGGCGUUCAUCAGGUUCUGGCUUCGGGCGAAAAUGUCAACCUGCUCAUCAUUGACUCGACCCCUUACUCUGAGCGCGCUGCCGCUGAUGCGAACCGCAGAAAGAAGGACAUUGGUCUCUAUGCCAUGAACUUUGGAAACGCUUACGUCGCCUCCACCGCCGUCUACAGCUCUUACACCCAGGUUCUUCAGGCUAUGGAUGAGGCCGACAAGUUCAAUGGCCCCUCUAUCGUUCUGGCUUAUCUUCCCUACUUUGGUGAGCACGAGUCUCCUUUGACCGUUCUCACUGAGACCAAGAAGGCCGUGGACCUUGGUUACUGGCCUCUGUACCGGUGGAACCCCGAGAAUGAGAAGAAGGGCGAGCCCAACUUCUCUCUUGACUCUGAGCGUAUCAAGAAGGAGCUCAAGGCCUUCCUUGACAGAGACAACCAGCUCACUCAGAUGAUGCGGAAGGAACCCCAGUUUGGUGCUGUUCUUGAUCAGGACUUUGGUACUGAGAUUCGCGCCCAGCAGAAGCGCAAGGCCAAGGAUGCUUACAACCAGCUCUUGGAAGGUCUCUUCGGUGCGCCGUUGACCAUUCUGUUUGGUUCUGAUGGUGGCAACGCGCAGUCCCUCGCCAAGCGGUUGGGUACCAGGGGCCGUGCCCGUGGCCUGAAGACCACAGUCAUGGCCAUGGAGGACUACCCAGUCGAGGACUUGCCAACGGAGGAGAACAUUGUCUUCAUCACCUCGACCGCCGGUCAGGGUGAGUUCCCCGUCAACGGCAAGCCUCUCUGGGAUGCCAUCAAGGACAGCACCGAGCUCGAUCUUGCUUCCGUCAAGUACUCCGUCUUCUCUCUUGGUGAUAGCCACUACUGGCCCAGAAAGGAGGACAAGGUGUACUACAACAAGCCCGGAAAGGACCUCGAUAGGGUUCUGGCCAACUUUGGCGGUUCCCGUCUGGCUCCUCUGGGUCUUGGUGAUGACCAGGACCCAGAUGGAUACCAGACCGGCUACUCCGAGUGGGAGCCCAAGCUUUGGGAAGCCCUCGGCGUGUCAAAGGUCGAUGGCCUCCCAGAUGAGCCUCCCCCGAUCACCAACGAGGACAUCAAGAUCGCCUCCAACUUCCUGCGUGGUACCAUCGCCGAGGAGCUCUUGGACACAUCUACCGGCGCCAUCUCGGCUUCCAACCAGCAACUGACCAAGUUCCACGGCACAUACAUGCAGGAUGAUCGUGAUGUCCGUGACGAGCGCAAGGCCCAGGGUCUUGAGCCAGCCUACUCAUUCAUGAUUCGCUGCAGACUUCCCGGCGGUGUCUCGACACCAAAGCAGUGGAUCCAGAUGGACGACAUUGCCAACGAGCUCGGAAACGAGACCAUGAAGUUGACCACCCGUCAAACCUUCCAGUUCCACGGCGUCGUCAAGGCCAAGCUCAAGCCUGCCAUGCAAGCCAUCAACCGGGCUCUCAUGGACACCCUUGCCGCCUGCGGUGAUGUCAACCGUAACGUCAUGUGCAGUCCUCUUCCUUCGCAGUCUGCCUACCAUCGUGAGGUUUACUACUGGUCCAAGAAGAUCAGCGAGCAUCUUCUUCCAUCGACUACCGCUUACCACGAGAUCUGGCUCACCGACUACGACGGAAAGAAGACGCAGGUCGCUGGUGACGCCGUCCAGGACUUUGAGCCCCUUUAUGGACCUACUUACCUCCCCCGCAAGUUCAAGAUCUCGAUCGCCAUCCCCCCACACAACGAUGUUGACGUGUACGCUCACGAUAUCGGCCUGAUUGCCAUCAAGGGUAACGACGGACAUCUGCUUGGCUUCAACCUUCUUGUUGGUGGUGGUAUGGGUACCACUCACAACAACAAGAAGACGUAUCCCCAAACCGGUCGCAUGCUUGGUUUCGUCAAGGCUGACCAGACCCAUAUCGCCUGUGAGAAGGUCAUGCUCGUCCAACGCGACCACGGUGACCGCAAGAACCGCAAGCACGCCAGAUUGAAGUACACCGUUGACGAUCUGACUGUCGAUGUCUUCAGGUCCAAGGUUGAGGAACUUUGGGGUCAGCCGUUCCUGCCUGCCAAGCCCUUCCACUUUGACAGCAAUGUCGACACCUUUGGCUGGCUCAAGGAUGAGACUGGCAUGAACCACUUCACCAUGUUCAUUGAGAACGGCCGUAUCGAGGACACUGCCGACUUCCAGAUGAAGACUGGCCUCAGGGAGAUUGCCAAGGUUCAUAAGGGCGAGUUCCGCCUCACCCCCAACCAGCAUCUUAUCCUCAGCAACGUUGCUGACGAGGAUCUGGACACCCUCAAGAAACUUCUCGCCCAGUACAAGCUUGACAACCUCCACUUCUCCGCCCUCCGUCUCUCUUCUUCCGCCUGCGUUGCCUUCCCCACCUGCGGUCUCGCCAUGGCCGAGUCUGAGCGCUACCUCCCGGUGCUGAUCUCCAAGCUGGAGGCCUGCCUCGAGGAGAACGGCCUCAGGCAAGACAGCAUCGUCAUGCGCAUGACCGGUUGUCCCAACGGUUGCGCCCGCCCCUGGUUGGCCGAGGUUGCCUUUGUCGGCAAGGCCUACGGUGCUUACAACAUGUAUCUCGGUGGUGGGUACCACGGCCAGAGACUCAACAAGCUCUACCGCAGCAGCAUCAAGGAGGACGAGAUUCUCGAGAUCAUGAGGGGCUUGCUCAGCCGGUACGCCAAGGAGAGGGAGCAGGGCGAAAGAUUUGGUGACUGGACCAUCCGUGCCGGCAUCAUCAAGGCUACCACCGAUGGCCGCAACUUCCACGAGGGUGUUGCCGAGGAGGAGGAGGAGGCAGAGGAGUGA